GGCCCAACUCUGGUGUUUGGCUCGGCUACAGCAACAAGUUUCCUUUGGCGGCCGUCAGCCGGUGGAUGAAGUUGACGAGCGACAUGCUAAACCGACACGUGCAGCGUCAGCGGCUCUACAAUUGGUGAGACCUUGGCGGCUGGUGGCAAGGAACCAGCAGCUUCGCAACGUCUUCGCAGCUUCACCAGCUUCUGCCUGCGCCCGUCAACGCCAUUGGUCUCCAGAAAACCACAUCCUCCAUCGACCUGCAAGAAGCUCGGGACAGCUUCGAGCUUGUCCUCUGGCUGCUGAUGCUCAGGUUGUCGAUGCAGGAAUAAAAGGGCCGAGCAUCCUUGAGGAGCCUUCUCCUCCUCUGCUCGCUAGAGAUCCCAGCCCCAACCGAUCCUCUUUGACCCAGCACUCAACUACACUUUCCCCCUCGAACUGACGAACCAGACAAACAUCCCACAGGAGAGUGAAGACCCAGUCUUCUAUCCAACUCCCCUCUUUUCGGUCACAAACGGGAGCGCGAUUGUGGCCAAUGCCAUCAGCCAAGUCAACGCCAUUCUUGCAACAAACGCAACCAAUUGCACCAAAUGUCUCUCGGCAUUGGAGGUUGGACAGUACGUGGCCCAGCGGGUCCCAUCCAUGGUCCCAGAUUUGCUGGUCCAGUUGUGCAUAAGCAGCGGGUUCAUGUCCAACACGAGCUGUCAUGAGAAUUACGAUGCCGAAAACUUUGGGGCGGUCUACACCCAGGUUCUCGCCUUGGGCAACAUGACCGGGUCCGACGGCCAGUACCUUUGCAACUUUUUGAGCGGCAAUUUCUGCCCUCGUCCGUUCACUCUUCCCUCGAAUACGACGGGCUAUUUCGGUCCGAAACCUGACAAUGUCACCGUCCCCAAACCCAGUGGGAACAGAGUCAAAGUCGUCCAUAUGAGUGAUUUCCACAUUGAUCCAAGAUACGACGUUGGCUCCGAGGCAAACUGCUCAAGCGGGCUGUGCUGCCGUUCCAACAACCCCAAGAGUGCUUCCGGUCAACUAGAGAUACCCUCACCAUUGUACGGCUCGUUCAGGUGUGACAGCCCUUACUUCCUCUUGACGUCUGCCUUGGAGUCGAUUGGGCCUCUGACCGGCACGACGUUCAACAACCAAACCGAAAACGACCAGUUCGCCUGGGGUAUAUACACGGGCGAUUUGGUUUCCCAUGAAUCCCAGAAUGAACUGUCCAACAACUACACCAAAUACGCCGAGGUCUCGAUCUAUCACAUGAUCAAGUCUUACAUUCCUAGCGGGCCCAUUUUCGCCGUGCUUGGGAAUCACGAUAGCAACCCUGACGGGAUUGAUUCUCCCCACAGCAUGCCAGGAAAUUUAGGCCAGCAACAGUCUUGGAACUGGAACCACGUUGCUUCGCUCUGGCAGCAGAACAACUGGAUUAGUGCCCAGGCCGCAAACGAGGCCCGCAUGCAUUACGGGGCUUACAGUAUCAACCAUCCAAAGUACCCACAGUUGAAGAUCAUUACUUUCAACACGGACUUCUGGUACCGAAGCAACCUCUUGAAUUAUAUCAACACCACAAAUCCCGAUAACAGUGGAAUUUUCAAGUUCGUGGCGCAGGAGCUGGCAGAGGCCGAGAGCAAAGGGGAACGAGUCUGGCUCCUUGGCCACGUCUUGUCGGGCUGGGAUGGUUCCAACCCGCUUCCCAAUCCAACAGACCUUUUCUACCAGAUUGUUGACCGAUACUCCCCGCACGUGAUUGCUGGUGUCUUCUUCGGCCACACCCACGAAGACCAGUUCUUCAUCUACUACAGCAACAACGGCACUACUCAAGAUGCUGCCCAUGCCGUCAACGUUGGUUGGAUCGGGCCGAGUGUGACGCCUCUGACCAACCUGAACUCGGGCUACCGCAUGUACGAGGUGGACACGGGAGAUUUCUCCAUCUAUAACGCCUACACGUAUUACGCCAACGUGAGCGCGUUUCAGACUCUCGACGCUGCUCAAAGUGGCCCUGUCUGGAGUUUUGAAUACUCUACCAGAGACACGUAUCAAGUUGGAUGGCCUGAAGAUGCGCCUCUCAACGCAACAUAUUGGCAAAAGGUGACCGAGGCCAUGGCUGCAAAUCAUACGCUGGUGAGCAUCCACAACACGUUCCAGGGGAAGACGAGUAUCAUGAGCCCCAACUGCACCAGCAACGCCUGUGCGGAGGCGAAGAUCUGCUACAUGAGAAGCGCCAACGUCGCGCUGGGCAGGGAAUGUCCUCAAGGAUUCGGCUCCGUUCAGAGUCCCUUCACCGGCAAGAACUUCUAGAGGGCUUGGGUGGAAACCGCUCCUAUACAUAAUGUCGCAGGCCUAUGCAGUCCCAAGAUGUACAGUUCACCAGACGCAAAAUGGUAAUAUCAAUAAUGAUCUACAACUGGG